AUGCGCAUGCGAUCUACCACAUGGACGUCCCAACAAAAGGCAUUCUUCUUAACGGGAUUCUUGGACGGUGUAGCUAGGGAAAAGGUUGAGGAACUCACGGACGAUGAACUUCGAAUUACUCCUCCAUCUGGUAUAGCCAUCUUAUCAUUUCUUGAUCCCGCUACUUUAGUCGCUUCCCAGCAAGCGGAUCCCGUUGAUUGCUCUACAGUUCGAUAUUUUUACAUCAAACGUGAAGAUUCCUUUCUUAAAUUUGAUUCUACAACAGUCCCCGAUCACUUCCCGUUGCCUCGCAUUGAGGAUACUCUAGCAAAAAUCGCAGAACAUAAGUUCUACACCACUCUUGAUUUGGCAUCCGGCUAUAUGCAACUCCUCCUCUCUCCGGAAAGUCAGAAAAAGUGCGGUUGGGCAACACACCGCGGUAUCUAUCAAUUUGUUUACCUUCCCUUCGGUCUCAAGAAUGCCGGCGCUUAUUUUUCUAGGGCUAUGACGCGCAUUUUAGCGGCGGAUGAUUCAGGAUUUUACGUGCAAAAUCUUGUUACUACCCUUCAUGCUGCUUGGCGCGCAGCAAUUGCUCACAAUGAACGGCAAAGAGCUAAAUUCAAAGCACAGUACGACCGUUCUCAUCUGGCUCCUCUCUCUAUUAAGGAAGGCGACCGUGUUUAUCUCCGUGACCUAGCCCCUAAAGUGGAAACGUCUCAGUUACCUCAAGUCACUCCUCCUGAGUUCUCUCACUACCUGAUGGAAUUCCAUCCCUGGGCAAAGUACGUCAACCCCCGUCCAAUUCGUCUACUCCGCCAGGACUGCCCACCAGUUAGUUCCGUCUUGGACGUCGAGGUGUAUCGUCAUUUGCCGGACUCGGGUUACUUGUCGACACGGUUCAACAGGUCGCUUUUCCCGAAGGCUGUCCUCCGCCCAGACAAGAUGCCGGCGUCAAUUCCAUUUAUUGAACUACAACACCUGGAGGACACCAUUAACUUCCGGGCCAAAUCGAAAAUAGUUAUCGACCAAGUUUUAUCCGGCUCCUAUAGUGAUGUCGAUACGGCCCACAUCAAGCCAUCCCCCUACCAGAAAUACAUCACUAAGCCUCCUCCGUACGGCAGUACCUAUCCGGUCCUAUACCAAGUGGUCUCCACAGGAUAUGGCCCGGGAGUAAUCCUAGAGGCCAAGGACUUCUUCAUUGUUGGUCCCGACCGUCGAGACCUACAUUGUAUCGUCCUGGACCAGUACGCCGUUGACAUAGUUACCGACGGCCGCGGCUUUAACAAGAACAACAUGUCCGUUAAGGACUUCGUGUGGGUUUAUAAUGUAAAGCCGACGCGGCAGGCAUUACAGUCCCCGGCAUCGGUCCUAAAGCAGGCCUCAUUACCGCGAACUAUGGCCCUCGACACUUCGUCGGUGUUCUUCUUCAGGGUGUCCCACUUCGCGUUGUUGACGGUGACCGACAUCCCUGACCACGUCUACGGCAUCAUCUUGUCGCGGACUAUCCGCGCUGACCGAGUCAUUCACGCUCGGGCAGUAUUUGAAGGAUGCCCCGAGGCGGUCACCUUGACCCCUUCCACGUGUACCUUCCCACUUCGCCGCCUCGCUACUUACGAGGUAGUAAGUGCAAGAACGCGGGUCAACGUUUCGGCAGCGAUGCGGUUUUGCGAACCUCCCGUGUCCUUUGAAUCACGAGCUCAGUUAGCUGAGUUGUGCGUUCCUUCCUGCCUAUGCAUCCGGAUGAGGGCAUAUCUCCUCUGGCAGUCUUCAAGCUCCCCCAGGUGGACGAGGCAUGGCGACCGUCUGGCCCGGUUCCAUAAUUUCCAGCGUGAUCCUGUUGGAUCGAAACAACGAUUAAGUAAGAUAUGUAACGUCGCCUGUUCAGCAUUGGCGGCGGUACACGCAGUAGGCGACGAUAAGCAGACUCGCAAGGUCCUCGCCUCCAUAUGCACGCCUGUCUGGUACCCCCUACGCAUACAGUUCACCCUACAGGAUAUGGCGUCUGAAGCGGGGUGGGCGCCAGGACGUCACGUUAUCACGUGGAUUCCUGGUACUGAACGCCUCAUUUGGGCCAAAGUAGUAACGGUCACCUCUGAUCCGACUCGGAAGACCGUAACUGUAGUGAUUCAGGCGUUUACCUGGUCACACGAGGCAUGGAACCGCGCCUUUGAGCAACAUGGUCGCAUGCUCGAGGAGAAGCAUAUCUGCGAUAUCUGUGUGCGCCUCGGCAAGUCCACCACCGCGGCGAAUCCCGUUUAUGACCUGGUCUCGCGUUCCAACAUUUUUGGCAAUCUUCGCCCGAGGGUCAUGGGUGACCACGUCGUCAACUUGUUCUACGCCAACCAAGCAAUUGGCACGAGCGACGAGCCGUACCUGCGUGAUUUACCGCCCCCCUCUGGCCAUCCCCGCUCAUUCAUCGUUAGUGGGCGUUCAUUGACCCUUACCACCGAUCAGGAGGACGCGGUACGCAUCGGCUCUGGGCAACUACCCCUCGUGGCUAUUCAGGCCGCCUACGGGACAGGGAAAACCCUAGUAGGAUCCCUCAUUGCGGCAUUAACCUCAGUAAGCUCUAAAGAUAUCACCAUUGUCACCACCUCCACCAACGCGGCAGUGGCACAGUUCACGGAAACCCUCCUCUCCUUAAAUGAUUUCGCACACCUCAACAUCGUGCGCCAUAUCUCCGACACUGCCGCCGCUGAUAAUCAGACCCCCACAUCGGUGGACCUCGGUAAAAUUCUUCGGACCCUCGGCGACGACUACGAGGAACAACUCUCACAUGAGGACCUCCACACCUGCCAUGAAUUCCAGGAGUAUAGGGAAAUCAUUGAGAAUUAUCUCGAUCACCCGGAACUCAUCCCCAACAUGUCGGACGAAGACAAGGAGGAGUAUGAAAUCGCGGAGCGUUAUGUGUCGCAAACCCUUAAGCGGAUGGUCAACAUAAUGUUUACCGUACGCCGUCCUUCCAUCAUAUGUAUGACGACAGCAUCCCUCCUAAAUUCCACUGCUUCGGGCGGGAUAUUCACCCCGUAUUUGACGGAAUUCACCACCGUAAUUGGUGAUGAAGCUUCGCAAAUUCCGGAGCCCACAUUACUAGCAAUAGCCGGACGGUUAACCCGCGCUCGCCACGUAUAUAUAGGGGAUGUCCACCAGUUGGCACCACACGUCAAAUGCCCCCCUAACUCUAGCCCUGUUCUCCACGGCGCGCGUAGUGUAAUGUCGCUCCUCUUGCAGUCAUCACCGGUACCCGUGGCCCCCCUUAUCACCACUUUUAGGUCACAUCCGGCCCUUAUCGCCCUUCCCAAUCGCAUAGCAUAUGCCGGGCAGCUCGUUAGUGGUACACCAGCGCAGUCUCGCCAGAUCCUUCUGACCACUAUGCGUUUCCCUGCGCCUAAUAUUCCAUUUAUGUUCGUGGAUGUGAAAGGGGAAUCAGCCCAGGCGCCUAGUAAGUCCUAUUAUAAUGAGAGUGAGGCCCAAUCCUGUCAGCAGCUCCUUGAGCAUCUUAUCCGCUUGGGGAUUCCAGCCCGUUAUAUCUGUGUCAUCACAUUUUAUAGAGAACAAUAUCGACAGAUCAAGCCCACCUUGGACAGCCUGAACGUGGAACUCACGACGGUCGACUCCGUGCAAGGGAGAGAGAAGGAGGUAGUCAUUUUGCUUACAACAAAAACUGAUUUCUCUCCAGCGACCGCCGAAUUCCUCAACGACUACCGUCGCCUGAACGUAGCCGUCUCUCGCUGUAGACAUGGGCAGAUCGUCUUUGGCCACGCCGAGUCGUUAAGGAAGGUUCCCACAUGGAACACACUCUUACAAUGGGCAGAUUCGAUUGGAGCGGUCGUCCCAGCAAAUGACCUACCCCAAUACCUACAACGCCCCCUCUAA